AUGGAGGGCCGGAAGGGUGGUCAUGAUCGCAUGCAAGGUGUUUUCGUUGGUGUCUCACAAAUGGGAUCGGCGCCCACCGAGCUCGUCAAGCGGGGACUCCUAGAGUCACACGGCCCAGAGAUCCUCCACCAGCACCUGCCGUCGACAGCCAUGCCCAGUGUAUCGCAAUAUCAGCAAUCCUCCACGAGACGAUUGGCAUUUGGCGGCGUGGGAACGGACAGUAAUGAGAGAAUGAAGAAACAACUAGAUUUUUACAAGAAUACCACACUUACAAAUCUCAGCAAGCUAUUCUGCGCGAUCGUCCUCGUCACAGCAUUUUUCCUUGUCAUGUCGCGAUCCUUCAAUUUCGAGGCCCAUUUCCCGGAUG